AUGGCUCCUGCCGCUCAGGAGGAGCUGUGGUACAGCGAGGUCGGCGCAGAAAUUCUGGCUGACUUCCAGCCACCUGCUCGGAAAGACAUGUGGCAUCCGAAGUACGACCAUGUCAGCGACUGGGAGUACAUGUGCUACGUGCUGAAGUUUCAUGCCGGCAACAUCAUGGGGCUCAUUUUGCUGAUUCCCUGCGCACUGUGCCCGAGUCUGGAAAGCCCGGAUCUCGGCUGGCUUUGGCUUCCUUUGCAAAGUUAUGUGUACAACAGGAAAAUCUUGAUGGAGAGAGAUAUACGAAAGAAGCGGGAUGAGGAUCGGCAGAAGAUUGAGAGGGAGGCCAGCGAGGAGAAAUCGCGGCGAAUGACCUGGAAAGCCAAAACGCAAGCGGACACGAUCAACGGAAAGAAGCAAAAGGAAAUCACCGAUCUUUGGAUGAACAGCUGCCUGACGAUCCUGCUUCCGCGCCAGCAUCACCAUCUUCCUCGCCGGGCAUCCAAGAAUGAUCAAAACUGCUCGGGUCGCGGGAGCGACGCCAGCAAGGCCAAUACCAGGGAACCGAAGGUCGCGGCAUUGCAAUGCUGGGUUUCUGAUUACCAUACUGUAUUGCUCUUUUAUUGGACCUGUUCCUGA